AUGAGUGAGCUGGGGGAUGGCACGUUGACCGAUAAACCCCGUCUCUUCAGCCCACCUUUCCAAAAGAGUCAUGAACUGCAACACAGAUGGCCGAUCUUUGCUCCUGUCUAUGGAAGUCAGGACUCUGAUUCUCAAUCAAUCGUGUCGGAUACAUUGCAGUUGGAGCUCAACACACCUGCCAUCGACACCAUCUACCAACAUCUCUGGCUAGCUGGGCUACCCAAAGCUGCUCGCCCUCUUCAUCGCCAAAUUCUCCUGGGGCGGACUAUUGUCAUCACUGAAAACCCGAAUGAACAUCUUGUGUGGGUCGCAACUCGCAUCUUUAUCAAGCCGUUGCCGGAAUGCAUCUUAUCCCACGACUUCUGGACAACAGAAGGGGCCGUGCUGCUACAACACCAGUCCUUACAUCGAUCAGCCUGUGGCUUACUCCUCUCAUACUGCUGGCUCAUUCGAGCUAAAUCCGAUUUGGGCAUCGCCCAAAACAAAGGACUCGUUCCCAAGUCGAUUACAUGGGAGGAAUGGGCCAGAUUUGCAACCGACAUUGUGACAAAUGUCGAGUUAGAUUCCCUCGAUGCGGUCUCGAAGCGCUACCACUUCGGAGAACUUCGUCUGACACGACUCAACCUGAUAUAUCGGGUCCUGAACAUAUUCUCGGCGCGUGUGAACAGACGAGUAUUCAUGUCAGAACCUUUGUGGACAAAAGCAUUCUUGGAGCGCAAUUUCGCCUGGAUCUUUUCGGUGUUUGCGUUCGUUUCGAUUGUGGCAGGUUCCAUGCAGGUCGGUUUGGGGACUGACUUGUUGCAUGGGGAUGUGUCUUUUCAACGUGCCUCUGUUGUCUUUACGGCUGGAAGUCUUCUUGCCGUAGUUUUAAUCAUUCUGCUCGUAGGGGCUAUCUGGGUGGGCUUGGCUGCUUAUCACAUCAUUCGAGCAAAGGAAAAUCUCAAAAUUGUGAGAAAGAGGCGAACUGAAGGCCAGAACAGCCGCAACAGUGUGUGA